AUGCCCACUUCAUCAUAUCGCCAUUCAAGAUCUCAUUCUAGGUCUUCAAGUUCUUCUAGAAGACCAUCUUUAAGUCGUCAGAGAUCUUCACAUAGAUUAAUCCGUACAAUUAGCGUUGAGUCCCUCGAGCUCCAUAAGGACCAAAAUAAUACUUCAGCUUUGACAACUGGUACUACUACAACCACCACCACUACUAGCAUUGAAACGACAACAACAACAACAACUACAACAACAAAACAUGACAUUGAUGGUGAAGAGUUGAAUUUAGAUUCAAAACUUGACACAUUGAACCUUAAUAACAAUGAAUGCAUCGAGGUUCCCUUUAUCAAGGCGACAAUCGAUAACACCCUCCCUCAAGAUUAUUUAAAGGAUGAUAUCCUUAAUAUGAUCCAAUCAUUAAAAAUUCCAAAAUGGCACCAAAGAGGUCAUUUUGUUUCAUCCCCUUUAAAACGAGAUUCAUUGAUUUUAACGAAGAUUACUGGUGCCAUGACAAACGCAAUUUAUAAAGUGGAAUAUCCAUCAUUACCGUCCUUACUAUUAAGAGUUUACGGUUCUAAUAAUGACACGAUCAUUGAUAGAGAUUACGAGUUACAAGUUUUGGCAAGAUUAUCUAUACGUAACAUUGGGCCUUCAUUAUUUGGUUGUUUUUCUAAUGGUAGAUUUGAACAAUUCUUAGAAAAUGCAACUACUUUGAAUAAAGAUGAUAUUAGGGAUUGGAAAACUUCUCAAAGAAUUGCAAGAAGAAUGAAAGAGUUACAUAUUGGUGUGCCUCUUUUAAGUUCUGAAAGGGAGAAAGGACCCGUUUGUUGGCAAAAGAUUAAUCAAUGGGUAAAGUUCCUAGACACGAAUCCAAAAGCACAAAUUUGGAUUAAGAAUGAUACUAAUAUUCAAACCCAUUUGCUUUGCAAAAAUUGGAAAGAUUUUAAAACUGCCAUAUCGAAAUAUCAAAAUUGGUUAUCAUCAUUCCACUCGGAUGCAAAGGGUAAGAAUUUAGGAUUUUGUCAUAAUGAUGCACAGUAUGGUAAUUUAUUGUUUAGUGCGCCAAUUAAACCCACAACUAAUGAUAUUAAUAUUGAUAGCAAUACCCCUACUGCUACUACUAGUACAUCGGAACCACCGACGCUAUCAACAGCAACGUCAUCAUCAUCGUUAUUUCCUUCCAAUUCUAGGAUUCAAAUUGAUGAAAUUAUCAAACCAACAAAACAAGAACAAAGUCAAGAUUCCAAACUAGUAGUCAUUGAUUUCGAAUAUUCUGGUGCCAAUCCAGUUGCCUAUGAUUUAGCUAAUCAUUUUAGUGAAUGGAUGUACGAUUAUAAUAAUGCAUCAGCACCGCAUGUAGCACAUGUGGAAUCAUACCCAAAUAGGGAACAAAUAUUGAAUUUCAUUUAUUCCUAUGUUUCUCAUUUAAGAGGUGGUGCUAGGGAACCUAUUGAUGAAGAAGUUAAAGUUCUUUAUAAUUCUAUAUUAAGAUGGAGAGGCGUUUGUCAGUUAUUUUGGUCUAUUUGGGCAGUUUUACAAAGUAAAGAUUUAAAGUUGAUGCUUGAGACUGAAAAUGAAACAUUUGAAGGUCCUAAUGGUGAACAAUAUAUAGUCAAAGUGGAGAAGGAUAAUAAUAAUGAUAACGAGAUGAUAGAGAGGAUUGAUAGUAUUGAUGAUGAAAGUGUGGGUGUGGAUAUUGAUAGUUUCGAUUAUAUGGCAUAUUGUCAAGACAAAAUUUCAAUAUUUUGGGGUGAUUUAAUUAAAUUUAAUGUAGUGAACGAAUUCGAAUGUUAUUCCCUGGACUCAGCUAGAUAUUUAGACUCUGAGGAGUUAUGA